AUGAGUUGUCAAUCAUUAUCGGAUAAGUUGUGUGUAGAUACUUCUACUGAAAUAAAUCGUAACACUACUGAUGCAAAGCUAACUAAAAACAGUUCAGAAAAUCGUCUAGUUCCUGAAAAUUUUAUCGCGCAAGAUUAUUCAAGUUUUCUAGAUACUCAGGAGAAUUCUGUACUACCUACUUCAUCAGGAUUUUCUCAACCGUCCUCAGUUUCAUCUGACAAAGGACAUGCGUCAUCGUCACAGAAGCCUUCAAAUAUCAGUGCGGAAACAUUGAUUUCAGUACAAGUUGAUAAUGGAUCGAAAUCUAAUUCAGCUUCAGUCAAUACAGUUCAAGAGAAAUCAAAAGUUGUUCCCGGUGAAAAAAAUGAUGGGUUUAUUUCUUUGGAUAACAGUAAUAAUAAUAGUAAUAAUUGUGUUAGAAAAUUUGGCUUGUCAGAAUCAGAGAUAGUAUCGCAGUGUUGCAAUGUUUUACACAAUGUUGAAGAUGAACUCAAUUCUAUUUUGAAACAAACUAACUUAUCUGCUAAUGUUAGCCACCAAAAAAAGACUGUAGAUAAACGAUCGGAAACAUUACCAAUUGAAGAUCAGCUCAUUGAUUAUGACUUAUUACGUGUACCUGGGAUUAAUGGUGAAAAGUUGAAUGCCAGUCUUGUUCAAAUGUAUCAUGACGUACAAACCACUAGAUGUAACUUUUUCGAUGUUCAAAAGCGAUUAGAUCAACCAAGAUUGUUCUUGAUACCAGAAGUUGACGAUGAAGGACAUUCACCAUUAGGAUGUCCAACAUAUUUGACAUCAGCCCGUAUUUUACAAGAAGCUGUUUUCUCUACACCUCGACAACAUAUGAUGCCUAACUUCACAGAGAAGAAGUGGAUAACUUAUGUUCAUAAAAUGUGGGAUGCUGUAAUACAUUCUCCUUUGUUAUUGGAUUAUCAUUCUGUUCGGAUGAAUCAAAUUUAACUAUUGUAACUUUUAAAAUGCUAUCUCCUAUUUUGUUUUAUUACACUAAUUUAUCUUCACAUGGA